UAGUAAUUUCAGGAAAAGAAAUAAAACACAGAACAAGAACAGGUUAGAAAAUUCAAGAAACAAAGGGUAUGUGAGUCAUGAUGCUCCUCUCGGAUCAUGUGAAAACAAGUAUUGUGGUUUGGGGAGGCACUGUGUUGUUAACAGAGGAACAGGACAAGCAGAGUGUGUCUGCAUGGAACAUUGUAAACCUCACUACAAACCUGUGUGUGGCUCUGAUGGUGAAUACUAUGAAAACCACUGCGAAGUGCACCGAGCAGCCUGUCUGAAAAAACAAAAGAUCACCAUUGUUCACAAUGAAGACUGCUUCUUCAAAGGGGACAACUGUAAGUCUAUUGACUACAAGAAGAUGAAAAAUUUUCUGCUGGAUCUUCAGAACAGAAGAUACAUGUUGCAAUCAAGAGAAAGGCAUUUUGAAGAUAAAAUGGCUUUGAAGAAAUUAUUGGUCGAUCAGAUGUUUAAAUAUUAUGAUGCAGACAACAGUGGUCUUGUGGACAGCAAUGAAUUAACACAGGUAAUAAAACAGGAUGAGCUUGGCAAAGAUCUGUCUGACUGCUCCCUUUUCGAUCUGUUGAAAUAUGAUGAUUAUAACAGUGACAAGCACUUAGGCCUGGAAGAAUUCUAUCGGGCAUUUCAAGUAAUUCAACUGAAUCUGCCAGAAGAUCAGAGAAUAAGCACCACGGCAGCAACAGUAGGACAAAGUGCAGUGCUAAGUUGUGCCAUUCAGGGGACCUUGAGGCCUCCCAUCAUCUGGAAGCGGAACAAUGUUGCUCUGAACAACUUAGAUUUGGAAGACAUCAAUGAUUUUGGUGAUGAUGGGUCCUUGUAUAUUACUAAGAUUACUACAACUCACAUGGGAAAUUACACCUGCUAUGCAGAUGGAUAUGAGAAACUCUAUCAGACUCAUAUUCUUCAAGUGAAUGUUCCACCAGUCAUACGAGUUUUUCCUGAAAGCCAAGCCAGGGAACCAGGCGUGACGGCUAGCCUUCGAUGCCAUGCUGAGGGUAUCCCCAAUCCAGUGCUUGGCUGGCUGAAGAAUGGAAUUGAUAUAACUCCGAAGUUAUCCAAACAGUUAACUCUUCAAGCAAAUGGCAGUGAGGUCCACAUUAGCAAUGUUCGCUAUGAAGAUACAGGAGCAUACACAUGCAUUGCAAAGAACGAGGCGGGAGUAGAUGAAGACAUCUCUUCACUUUUUGUGGAAGAUUCUGCUCGAAAGACCCUUGCAAACAUACUGUGGAGAGAGGAAGGUCUGGGAAUUGGAAAUAUGUUCUAUGUGUUUUAUGAAGAUGGAAUAAAAGUGAUUCAACCUGUAGAGUGUGAAUUCCAGAGGCAUAUUAAACCUAGUGAAAAGAUCCUUGGAUUUCAGGAUGAAGUUUGCCCUAAAGCUGAAGGUGAUGACAAUCAACGGUGUGUCUGGGCAUCUGCAGCUAACGUAAAAGACAGAUUCAUCUAUGUCACCCAACCUACCUUAGACAGAGUUCUGAUUGUUGAUGUACAGUCACAGAAGGUAGUGCAGGCAGUAAGUACAGACCCAGUUCCUGUGAAACUCCACUAUGACAAAUCACAUGAUCAAGUAUGGGUGCUCAGCUGGGGAAGCUUUGAUAAGAGUUCUCCUACACUACAGGUGAUAACCCAGGCCAGUGGAAGUGUAUCUCAUCAUACGAUUCAUACUCAACCUGUGGGGAAGCAAUUUGACAGAGUGGAUGAUUUUUUUAUUCCAUCUACAACUCUUCUCAUCACUCAUAUAAGGUUUGGAUUUAUCCUUCACAAAGAUGAACCUCUACUUCAGAAAAUUGAUCUUGAAACCAUGUCAUACAUCAAGACAAUUAGCUUAAAGGAUUACAAUUGUAUUCCAAAGUCUCUGGCUUACACACACCUUGGUGGAUAUUAUUUUGUUAACUGUAAGCCCGACACUACCGGAGCUGUUCUACCACAGCUAAUAGUGGACAGUGUUACUGACUCCAUUAUUGGAUAUAAUGGUGAUGUGACGGGAACUCCAUAUGUCUCUCCAGAUGGUCACUAUCUAGUCAGCAUUGAUGAUGUGAAAGGUCUCAUGAGGGUCCAGACCAUUACAGUCAGAGGAGAGAUCCAGGAUGCCUUCGACAUUCAUACCAACUUGCACAUAUCUGAUGUUGCUUUUCAAGCAUCAUUUACUGAAGCUCAUCAAUAUAAUAUCUUUGGUAGCUGUACCACACAAACUGAUGUGCUCUUCGUAGAAUUGUGCACAGGAAAGGUGAAGAUGGUGAAGAGUCUUAAGGAACCUCUUAAACCAGAUGAAUGGCCAUGGAACAGUAAGAACCGAUUAAUUGAAGGCAGUGGACUCUUUGGUCAAUAUCUGAUGACACCAUCCAAGGAAUCCUUGUUUAUUCUAGAUGGACGACUCAACAAGCUGAAUUGUGAAAUUACUGAAGUUGAGAGAGGAAACACAGUAAUUUGGGUUGGAGAAGCAUAAGGAACCAUAUUAGAUAACAGAUGAGUGAAUAGUUUUACAGUACAUUGCACUUAAUGUCAUCCUUUUAAUUGUCACUGUUUUCUUAAAAAAAAAAAGUUAGACCCUUCUGUACAUGUUGUGUGGUUGACCAAGAUGCAAUUUUAGUGACAUAAAAGAUGCUGAAAUUGUGAAUAACAUUCUGUAUAUUAAUGAUGACCUCCUUAGGACAGAUUGGCCAUUUAAUGAAAAAAGAAAAUUGUAACUGCCCUCUGUAUGAGGAAAUGACACACACUAAACACCUUUUAAAAUGAAAGCUUUUCAGAGCAUUAAUAAUAUUCAUCACAUUGGCUUAAUCUGGUUAAUAGAAUUGUUAGGUUAUACAGUGCAUAUAUAUUUAGAUUUCUCAGACUGAAACAUUCUGCCCUGUCCACUCUUUAAUCUUUCUGUGCCUUGAAGGGAAAUGUCUCAUAAAGAAGGCAAAGCCUAGGAAACAUGUAAUCGUAUUCCCAUUGUGACUAGAGGCUUUCUUUUGCCCCUGAAAAGAAGGUUUUGAUAUCUCAAGUUUUUCAUCUCCAUACCAUUGUAAAGUAUGGUUCUAAGACAAAGGGAAAAGUAUAUUUACAACAUCUUGUUUUGUCAUUUUUUAUUACUACCAUUUGAAGACGGUUUUAUUUGCAGUUUUUAGGAAUUCUGUUAAUUGCUUGUAGAACUUUGACCCUUUUUCGUAGCAGAGGUGGGCAAUCGUUUAUCUCCCCAUGUGCAAAAGAAUGGUAUAAACAAGGAGUUUUGGUUUUACUAAAAAGAAACAAUAUAGUUAUCUACUUAGAAGAAAACAUGUUUUGUCAAACCGAUAAAAAGCUUCACUUAUACUGGCAAGAAAACUGUUAUUUUUUAAAAGGACAAUUUCUUACUAGAAGUGCAUUUUAAAGAAUCUGCAUAACAAUAGAACUUACACUGCAUUCCUAUACAUUUCUAUCCAGAAAUAUGUCCUGAAGAAUUCAAUGGGACUUAUUCCAAGGUAAGUAGGUAUAAGAGUGCAGCUUUUGAAAGAUGGGAGUUAAUAGCACAAUUCUAUGCAUGGACACAGAGAAGCAAAUCCCACUGAGGUCAAUGCUCCUUAUUCCCAGGUGUGUAUAGAACUACAAUCUUCAGCCAUGUUCUCAAGCCUCUUAAUGAAAUAAGGCCCAUUGACAUUGUUGGGACUAACUGCUAAGGGAAUGUGUUUAGGAUCACUUUGCUACAUAUAGAGCCUUUACGUGUACACUGUCAAAUACCAGCUUUUCCUCACUACUUUUGAUAAAUUUUUCUACCCCACUCCUGCCAUUAGACUUCAAAGUAUUGUCUUUCUAUAUCGUUUCUUUCAGCAUCAUGAUUUACAACGUCAGUUAUGGACAUUGCUUAUGCACACAUCUCAAUAGGAAUAAUAAAGGUUCUAAAAUUUAGAAUCGUUGUAGCCACUAGAAAGAGAGAAACAAUAUCUGCACUCAAGGUAGCAAUGAAACUUUUCCUUCAGCUCUUCUGUUAAAACACAUGUGAGUUUGAUAAUUAUUAUUUCUUUUAUUUUUUGAAAGAACUGAGUUUAACUGGAACAGGCUAUGACACGUCUUGACCUCCGUUCAUUCAAUGCAAGAAAUGUUUCUCUAAUUUUACUCCAAUAUGUAAAGCUGCUUAGAAAUAUGAGAUUGCCUAGCACUGUAUUUUCUUGUGUGUAAGUAGCAACCUGCACUGUGAUACAGUAGAAUUCUCUUUUGCUUAAGGUAACUGGCAGAUAGAUUUGGUUGAACAAAAGAAAUUGACUUACAUUUCCAGCUAAUGAAUCCUU